CCCAGUCCAGUCAGGGCGCCGCGCGCGUGGUCAACUGCCAGUGUCCAUCAACACAUAUCGGCUGCCGGUGGUUACAAACAACUGCCCUUCGCCCACCUUCACAGUUGUCUGUUGUGCCUUCGAGACCACUAUUUCCUCUGCAUUUUGGAUGCAACGCAAUAGCCGACUCCCUUCUGACCAACGCGGCCUAUUUGGGCAAUAUCCAUCUCGGUAACACCGUACUAUUUGCCCUGCGAUCCACCACCAAAGCCCCGUUUCCUCCUUACGCUACUCCACCAGCACGUCGAGUACACGAAGCCUCAAGCUUGGGCUCAAGACGACCUCUCUAAAGCCCAUAUCCUGCCUGGCGUUUGAUCAAGCCAGUCCAGGUCCACGACUACAGUGGAUUCUGUGAACAACAAAGUGUCCGUCGUGGUCCGCAGCUCGGCCUAGUCUUUUUGGUUAGGACCACGACAGGACUGAAGGCGCCGCAUGCUGGCCAAACCACUACAAGUAUGGCCUUUCCCGGCGCGACCGCAUAUCACGCAGACUCGGAUGCCGACGAUGAAUACGAGCGGAGCGUUAUGACCUCUCCAAUACCGUUGCACAGGGACUCCGAAACGUCGUCAGAGCCCGCAUCAAAUGAACACACACCAACUACGUUCGACAACUCUGGAGAGGAUCCAAGUUUGCCCAGGACCAUAAUGACAGAAUGGACACCCGAAGAAUGCGCACAGUUUAUUUCGAGCUUGAAUCUUCGGCAGUAUUGCCAGGCUUUUAUUGACCAUGGCAUUGAGGGUGAAGCGUUGGUGGCACUCAAGCACGAAGAACUGAAAGAGAUGGGUAUAACAAGCGUGGGACACAGGCUCACCAUAUUGAAAAAUGUCUAUGACAUGAAAGUUCGGCAGGAUAUUCCUGUACAACCAGACGACUACAUUCCUCCAACUGCCGAACGGAAUCCGCAACACGAAAUGGCCACCAAGGAGGAGAUCGCGCGGCUAGCAAGAUCCAUAAUCCGACUGCGAGACGAGCGCAUUGCCCAGGCCGAAGCGCAGUUAACAAGGCUGGCGGACGAUUACCGCAAGUUACGACAAGAACUGCUUCCCGUGUUUAAGAUGGCCAAGGAACGUUCCGAGCCACUCCCAUAUGCGCCCUACCAGAACCCAGCCAUCACUCCCGAGUUCUAUCAACAGGAAGUCGUUUCAACCCCGAUCACCACACAGCCGGCGCAAGAGAAGAGUAGUCUGACGCGGACAUUCUCGAAGAAAUUGGGCCUCAGUUCGACGCCGAAGAACAACUCUCCCACGCAUAUACCGAGCACCAUUCAUGAGGGUAGGACAAUUGCAGAAAACACCUCGCUGGAUCCCUCAGCAGCGGCUAGCCUGGCUUCGAACUCACUAACCGCGUCAAUGUCAGGUGGCAUGUUACCUCAUCCCUCUCCUGGUGUUCCUUCGCCGACUUCACCUUUGCCCUACCAACAUCAACCUCUGGCCCCGCGCUCGUACCGUGAGACCAACAGCGGCAUCUCCAGAUACGACGGUGCCGACGAAAUAUCACGAAACAACCAGACAAUGACCGAUCGCGAGCCGCCCACUUCGGCCAAAUCCGCCUCCGCGAAACUCAAUCCCUCCAACUCCUCGAUUUCCAACGCAUCCACCUUAAUACCUUCGCGAGAACAGUCGGCCUCGGUGCCGCCGCAGCUGCCGUCCAGUGCUGCCGGCGGACACACUCCCGGUGAGGCUCCCUCGGUUGAGAUCUUCAAGUCUUUCCGUGUCGGACUGGAAGAUCCGUGCUACAAGGUCCUUCCGGCCGCUCUACGGAAAUACAACAUCCAGGCAGACUGGCGCCAAUAUGCACUGUACAUUGUCUACGGGGAUCAAGAACGUUGUGUAGGCCUCGACGAGAAGCCCUUGGCCCUGUUCAAAGACCUCGACCGCGAGGGCAAAAAGCCCAUGUUUAUGCUUCGGAAAUUGGCCAACCCCAUCGUCGACAUGCCCGGGGCCACGGGCGGACUGAAACCGCCGGGUCUGGGCGGCGGUGGAGGGAGUCUUUCAAGUGCAGCUUCGGGCAGAACUAUACCUGCUCAGAAUCUGCCAGGCGGAGUGCUCUAGCCCAAGCCUGUGUACUUGAAUGCGUCCGGCAUGGAAACUCUAGACAUUUCUAUUGUUAGGUUGGUUGGUUGGCUAAUUGGUUGGUUGGUUGGUUGGCUGGUUGGUUGGUCAUCUGAAGGAUAUAUCUCCCUCGCUACUAGUAGGGAGCCUCGAUAUCCCAGGGUACAAUGUUUUGGCGUAGUUGUGGAGCGACCAUUGUGAAAAAAAUGUUAGGACUAUUUUGUGAUGAGAUGAUGAGAUGAAAGAAUGGACUACUAGUAAGAGCAAGCUUUUGCCAUUGUUGAUUCAGAUCUCGAUGCCUUGAUCUUCAUUCUCAUGUUCCUCCGUCAUGGAGCCCCUUUUUCCUGGUCACUCCGACGUAGAUCUACCUAGGUAGCAACGACUUUCCUAGUAAUUUCAUAAAAUCCAUGUACACGCCCCUGAACAUUGACUUCCCC